UUUUUUUUUUUUCACCCAGAACAAAAAAAUAACAUCUCAUCCAUUGGUUGAGGCUUUCGAUUCACAUCCCAUCUUUUACCAGUAAUCUUAUCAACAACAACAACAAACAUGGGUUUCGAAGGACGUGGUCGUGGUGGUAGCCGUGGUGCUCCCCGUGGAGGCCGUGGCGGUUUCGGUGGCGGCCGUGGUGGCGGUCGUGGUGGUUUCGGUGGAGGAGGUCGCGGCGGCUUCGGUGGUGGAGGCCGUGGCGGUUUCGGUGGAGGCCGUGGUGGCGGUCGUGGUGCUCCUCGUGGUGGUGCUCGUGGCGGCCGUGGCGCUCCCCGUGGUGGUCGCGGUGGAGGAGGCCGUGGCGGUGCUCGUGGUGGUGCCAAGGUUAUUGUCGAACCUCAUCGUCAUGAAGGUAUCUUUGUCGCUCGUGGCAAGGAAGAUUUGUUGGUGACCAAGAACUUGGUGCCCGGUGAAUCUGUAUAUGGUGAAAAGCGUAUCUCCAUCGAUGGUCCCGAAGGUACCAAGAUCGAAUACCGUGUGUGGAAUCCUUUCCGAUCCAAGUUGGCCGCUGCUGUCUUGGGUGGUGUCGAUCAUAUUCACAUUGCUCCUGGCAAGAAGGUGCUUUACCUCGGUGCUGCCUCAGGUACUUCCGUUUCUCACGUGGCUGAUGUCGUCGGCCCCGAAGGUGCUGUCUAUGCCGUCGAAUUCUCUCAUCGUUCCGGCCGUGAUUUGAUCAAUAUGGCCAAGAAGCGUACCAACGUUGUUCCCAUCAUUGAAGACGCUCGUCAUCCUCACAAGUACCGCAUGUUGGUUCCCAUGGUCGAUGUCAUCUUUGCGGAUGUUGCUCAGCCCGAUCAAGCUCGUAUUAUUACCUUGAACGCUCACCACUUUUUGAAGAACAAUGGUCACAUUGUGAUCUCCAUCAAGGCAUCGUGUAUCGAUUCUACCGUCGAUGCUGCCACCGUAUUUGCUCGUGAAGUCAAGAAGCUCCAAGAAGAAAAGGUCAAGCCCCAAGAACAGUUGACCUUGGAACCUUAUGAAAGAGAUCACGCCGUCGUUGUUGGCCGAUAUGUCAGAAACAAGUAAAAGAGUAGAAUGGCAAAUGUUUUUUCAAAGAAAAAGUAGCAUAUCAUUUCUUCAUUCUCUUUUUGUUUUCUUCUCUUUCUAUUCUCGCUUCUGUUUUUUUAUAAUCUUUCAUUUUCAUCACCGAUUUUUUUUUCUCUCUCUUUAGCCUAGACUAUUGUAAAUAUUUUUGGGUAUCAACAUUAAAACGCACGCUCUCAACCCAAUAA